AUGAGGACUCUGCUGAUCUUGGGGGGUCUCGUUGUCGCUGUGCUGCUGGUGACCCCAUCUAACGGUGAGCGGAGGGUGUCCCAGGAUGGAGGAGAGAAAGGAACCUCCAAUCUGAGAGAGUUCAUUGGCCAAAAUGAAGAUGGAAGAGCUAAUGGGUUUGAUGUGGAUUCUUCCUUGGUCCAUCUGCAGUCCAAGAGACAGGAACCCUCGUCGCCCACCAAGCCCAGGAAAUGGAAGAAGUGCACCGGAUGUUUCACAUCAUUAAUGAUUGACGAGCCCAUCAAAUUCGAUGUGCCUCCACGUAUGCGUCGCCAGGAAAAAAAAAAGGUCAAAAAACCUAAAACAAAGCCCACCAAAAAGCCGCCACUGCCUAACAUGUAUGGACUGACGGCACGCGCCAUGUCGGACGUCAGCGCACCGGAGAAACCUCCCAGAGGAGAAGGCAGGAGAGGGAAGAAGAGGGACGGCGAGAUGCGUCGGCGGGAGGAGAAGGAGGAAGGAAAGAAGAGAAGACAUCAUCACCAUCAUCAUCCCGAGGAAGAGAAGGAAGAGAAGAAAACACGGCGCACCGGGUCCCGUAGUCCUAUCACAUCAAUGCGUGAAGGAAGAAAGGAGGACCUGACUGAUGGGGCGGAGGCGGUGGGGAGGAUGAAGAGGAACUCCAACAACCGCAACACCAAGAAUGGACAGAACAAGCGGAAGAGCGGAUGGAGAAGUGCCAUUGCUUCAGUCCCGGCCGUGAAGGUAAAUGUCCAAUCUAACUGU